CACACUAUCUUCUUCAAUGGUUUACGUUCUUCAAAGUUGAAAAGCUGCCCCCUCCAUCAAAUUGCAUUGCAGCGAAAAUUUCGCAGAAGUAUCUUUUUUCUCUCUCUCAUCCGCGCCCCAAAUCUUAGGGUUUUCACCCAAUUCAAUUCCUGGAACUCUCCUCGAUUCGAUUCCACAUCCCCCCCCCCUGAUGAGAUUUGUGUGAUUGGAUCGUACGAUGGCGGCGCCGAGGAAUGUGACGGCGACGAGGGACGAAGAGAAGGGCGAGGAAGACGAUUCGCCCUCCGCCAAGAAGCCCAAAUCGGAGAGGUUCCCACUGAACACGUGGGAAUUCGCCGUCGCCGUCGCCGUCUUCUUCGUGUUCUCCACCGGCCUCUUCUGCGUUUACCUCUCCUUGCCCUCCGCCGCUUACACCAACCUCAAGCUCCCCCGCACGCUCUCCGAUCUUCGCCUCCUCAAGGAACAUCUUUCGGCGUAUGCGAGUAACCACCCUGCGCAGUUCAUUCUUGGGUACUGCUCCACCUACAUCUUCAUGCAGACUUUCAUGAUUCCUGGGACAAUCUUCAUGUCCCUCUUGGCUGGGGCGCUUUUCGGAGUUGUACGAGGAAUCUUAUUGGUUGUUUUCAACGCCACUGCGGGUGCAUCUUCAUGUUUCUUUUUGUCCAAGUUGAUUGGAAGACCUUUGGUUUCUUGGUUGUGGCCUGAAAAACUAAGGUUCUUCCAAGCUGAGAUUGCAAAGCGUAGGGAUAGGUUGCUGAAUUACAUGCUUUUUCUGAGGAUAACCCCGACAUUGCCGAAUCUGUUCAUCAAUUUGGCGUCUCCUAUUGUUGAUGUUCCCUUUCAUAUAUUCUUUUCGGCGACAUUGAUUGGGCUUGUUCCAGCCUCUUAUAUUACUGUCAGAGCUGGCCUUGCCCUUGGGGAUCUAAAGUCAAUUAAGGAUCUAUAUGAUUUUAAGACAUUAUCGGUACUUUUCCUCAUUGGUUUUGUUUCCAUAGCUCCAACACUUCUGAAGCGGAAGCGAGUAUAUGAAUAAGGUUUCCUGGCUCAGUUUGCACAAUCCAUUUUGUCAAAAGGCAAGUUACGGGAUCUAAUUAGAUGGUGAUGACAAUGGAUCAGAGAAGAUAAUAUUUAAGAAAGAUAUCCAUGAAAAGGGAUGUAUUGUUAUUUUGUUAUUAACUUAAACAGUGGCAUAUGCCCCAUUUUAUUUUCUGUGGUGGAGCCUAAGUCUUUUUGUUUCCCUUUUUGUUUUUUGAUUGUGUGGAGAGAGUAAGGGUAGACUUAGCUGAGUGGUGAACAAUCAAUUCAGAUAAGGUUAUGAGGCUUUGUUGGAUAAAUUACACAUAUACUGGCCUUGAUGUCAUCAGGAAGGUUGUGGUGAUUGUUUAGCCAUACUGUAUGCAUACGUGCUUCUCACCAUAUAGGAUCUGACUUUUCACCCUGUAGUAUUCAAUAUAAGAUAUGAUAGUAGAGAAUUUCAACCAUUA